CUUCUUGUGUUUGCUGACAGGUCAAAGUCAUGGUGCGCAUUUCUUCCACGCUUGCAAGAGACACGUCUGAGUCCAGCUCUUUCCUAAAAGUUGAUCCCCGUAAGAAGCAAAUCACGCUCUAUGACCCAGUAACCUGUGGAGGUCAGAAUGCUUUCCAGAAAAGGGGCAACCAGGUUCCACCCAAGAUGUUUGCUUUCGAUGCAGUUUUCCCCCAGGAUGCAUCACAGGCUGAAGUAUGUGCUGGUACUGUGGCUGAGGUGAUCCAGUCAGUGGUCAACGGUGCAGAUGGCUGCGUGUUCUGCUUUGGCCAUGCCAAACUUGGAAAGUCAUACACCAUGAUCGGCAAGGAUGAUUCCAUGCAAAACCUCGGCAUAAUCCCUUGUGCCAUCUCCUGGCUCUUCAAGUUGAUUAAUGAACGCAAAGAGAAGACAGGAGCGCGCUUCUCAGUCCGAAUUUCCGCAGUGGAAGUGUGGGGGAAAGAAGAAAAUCUUAGAGACCUGUUAUCUGAAGUGGCUACAGGAAGCCUGCAGGAUGGCCAGUCUCCAGGUGUCUACCUUUGUGAGGACCCCAUUUGUGGCAUGCAGCUCCAGAACCAGAGCGAGCUCCGUGCCCCUACAGCAGAGAAGGCCGCCUUCUUCCUGGAUGCCGCUAUCGCCUCGCGGCGUGGCAGCCAGCGGGACUGCGACGAGGAGGAUCACCGCAACUCCCACAUGCUCUUCACCCUGCACAUCUACCAGUACCGCAUGGAGAAGAGCGGCAAAGGCGGAAUGUCUGGAGGUCGCAGCCGCUUGCACCUUAUUGACCUGGGGAGCUGUGUGAAAGUGCUCAGCAAAAACCGGGAGGGAAGCUCUGGCCUCUGUCUCUCGUUGUCAGCUCUGGGCAAUGUCAUCCUUGCCCUCGUCAAUGGAAGCAAACAUAUCCCGUACAAAGACAGCAAGCUCACCAUGUUGCUUCGAGAGUCCCUGGGGAAUAUGAACUGCCGCACCACAAUGAUAGCUCACAUUUCAGCCACUGCGGGGAACUACGCUGAGACGCUGUCCACCAUCCAGAUUGCAUCCAGAGUCCUCAGGAUGAAGAAAAAGAAAACUAAGUACACAUCGAGUUCUUCUGGAGGAGAGAGCUCUUGUGAGGAGGGUAGGAUGCGUCGGCCAACCCAGCUGAGACCUUUCCAUUCUAGAAACACCGUUGACCCAGACUUCCCUAUUUUGCAUUUAUCAAGUGAUCCUGAUUAUUCAUCCAGCAGUGAGCAGUCCUGUGACACAGUGAUUUAUGUUGGCCCCAAUGGCACUGCCCUUUCUGAUAAGGAACUGACAGAUAACGAAGGUCCCCCUGACUUUGUUCCUAUAGUUCCUGCACUGCAGAAGACCAAAAAUGAGGGCAGGCUGGAAGAAUGUAGUGAAUCAGGGCCCAGCACGUCUGAAAGAGAUUGCCUGAAGUGCAACACCUUUGCAGAGCUCCAGGAGAGGUUGGAUUGUAUAGAUGGCAGUGAAGAGACCAACAAAUUUCCCUUUGAAGAGAUGCCUGCUCAAUUUAGCUCAGACCAGAUGUCUAAGUGCUCUGUCUCAAGCCAACUCGCAGAGCUUAGUCACUUACCAGAGUCAGAUAAGGAAGAUACGAUGCCAGAAUGUCAGCAUCCUGAUAGAGAAGCCAAGGAAAAUAUAAAUGCAACCCCCAGCAAAACUAAGAGAAAUCACUCCCCCAUUCCUUCUGGAGGUCUUACUAAUAUUUCUACUCCUCCUUCUCCCAGGAGUGUAACAGGCAGCUCUAGUAAAGAGCUUAGCUCUUGCCAGUUAGCACACAGCACCAGCUUGCAGAGCAGCAGAGAAGGUCUCAACACCUGUGGCUUUGUGGAAGGGAAACCAAGGCCAAUGGGUUCACCCCGGCUUGGCAUUGCGAGCCUCUCCAAGACAUCUGAGUACAAGCCACCAACUUCUCCUUCCCAGAGGUGCAAAGUCUAUACACAAAAAGGAGUUCUUCCCAGCACCACACCCCCACCAGCUUCCCUGAGUAAGGACAAUGAGAUGACAUCUACUGAAUCUUUGUUACAGCCAGAAAUACGAACUCCACCUGCAGGAAUGAGCCCUCAGAUCAUGAAGAAGUCAGUGUCUUCCAGCAAUGGGGAUUUUGAAGAGACCAUGCUCAAUGAAGACCAGCAACAAAACCAUUCUCCUGAAUCUAAGAAGGAGAUUCUAAGCACUACUAUGGUGACUGUGCAGCAGCCACUGGAACUGAAUGGGGAGGACGAGCUGGUGUUCACCCUUGUAGAAGAGCUAACCAUUAGUGGGGUCCUUGACAAUGGGCGCCCAACCAGUAUCAUCAGUUUUAACAGUGACUGCUCUGUGCAGGCUUUGGCCUCUGGGUCUAGGCCAGUCAGUAUUAUCAGCAGCAUAUCUGAAGAUCUUGAAUGUUACUCCAGUGCAGCUCCUGUGUCUGAGGUCAGCAUCACACAGUUCCUUCCACUUCCAAAGCUGGGCCUGGAUGACAAGUCCCAGGAUGAUGGCAGCAGACGCUCAUCUAUCAGCUCAUGGUUGAGUGAAAUGAGCACAGGAAGUGACGGUGAACAGUCAUGCCACAGUUUCAUUGCCCAGGCAUGCUAUGGGCAUGGAGAAGCAAUGGCAGAACCUCCUGUCUCUGAGUUUGCAAGCACCAUACAAAGCGCCAGCAUGAUUUGUGUAGGUGACAAACAGAAGCCAGUGACCGACAACAUGCUUAUAUUGUCAGAAAUGGGGGAGCAAGCUUUCAGCAAAGUGCCACCCAUCAAAGGCUGUAAAAUAUCAGCUCUAGGGAAAACUACUGUCACAAUUAAAAACACUGCAAGCCUCAACAGCUGUGAGGGCUACUUCCCAAUGAAGACAAACAUUACUGUUUAUCCAUGUAUUGCUGUUAAUUCCUUCAAAGCGCAAGACACUGAUGAUGCUGUAUCGGCAGUAAAUGCGGACCCAAAGGUUGCUCAUCCCCAUGAGGGGAAAGAACCCAAUGCUAAAAAAGAUAUCAAAUUUGAAGAUCCUUGGCUGAAGAGACAGGAUGAUGUAAAAAAUGACAGCUCUGGGAGCAGUGAUGGGUCAAGGUGUGACAUGACCACAGUUUCAGCCAAAUCUGAGCAGAGCACAAAGCAGUCUCCAGCAGACAGAUUUAGCAGCAGCAGCAGCAGCGGGGAUGCCUCUGUCUCCCCAGGAUGUGAUAGUCUGAAGAGGAUUGUGGAUGGGUGUGAGAUGGCAGCAUCUGGCUCUGCAAUCCAGAGUCCCGUUCAUUCCAGUGAUGGCUUGAAGGGUGGCAGCCUCCCUCGAGGGCUGCCUCCAAAGGCAAGCAAGCCAGAGGAGUCUGAUAGUCACUUCCAUUCUACUGCCUCUGACAGCAAUGGAGUUGUUUCUCCUGCCCACACCCAAUUUUCUAAGGCCAGCCUAGACAAAAAAAUGGCCUCUCCCAAACAUUGUGUCCUCACUCGCCCCAAAGGGACACCUCCUCUGCCUCCAGUGAGAAAGUCAAGUUUGGAUCAGAAGAACAGAGCCAGCCCCCAGCACAGUGCUACCAGCAGCACCACCAGCAGUCCCUCUGGCCAGCCCACGCCUUUCCAGGCCAGCUUCCCCGAGGAGCUGAAUGCCAAACCAAAGGGCCCUGGCAUUGACAACAGCAGCAACAACAGCAGCAGCAAGCUGUUCAGUGCCAAGCUGGAGCAGCUCGCCAGCAGGACCAACUCCCUUGGAAGGUCCACAGGAAGUCACUAUGAGUGUCUGUCACUGGAGAGAGCAGAAAGCCUGUCCUCUAUGAACUCCAAAAUGAACCCUGGCAAAGACACCACCAUGCCUAGGACUGGAAGAAGCGUCAGCCGCAGUGUCAUGUCCUCACCAACCAACUCAGCUCUCUCCCAGUCUGCAGGAGCCUCGCCAAAAGCCGGACAGUCAAAGAUCUCUGCAGUCAGCAAGCUCCUGUUGGCAAGUCCCAAGGCCCGAAGCCUGUCUGCCUCUGCUACAAAAACACUCAGCUUUUCAACCAAGUCUCUGCCUCAGUCUGUUGGGCAGAGUUCCAGUUUGCCUCCAAGUGGGAAGAAUAUGUCCUGGUCAACACAGUCCCUCAGCAGAAACCGAGGCUCUAGCCUUGCUUCUAAGUUGCCUCUUCGGGCUGUCAAUGGACGGAUUUCAGAGCUGCUCCAAGGCAGUGCCAGCUCGAGAGGCUUGCAGCUCCGAGGAAACGUAGAAGCAGAUGAGCGUGGUGGCCUUCACGGAGAGGAAAAGCCAGCAGUUCAUGUGCUGCCAUCUCCUUACAGCAAGAUCACUCCUCCCCGGAAACCUCAUCGCUGCAGCAGUGGUCAUGGGAGUGACAACAGCAGUGUCCUGAGCGGGGAGCUGCCCCCCGCCAUGGGGAAGACUGCCCUGUUCUACCACAGCGGCGGCAGCAGCGGCUAUGAGAGCAUGAUGAGAGACAGCGAGGCAACAGGGAGCGCCUCUUCUGCACAAGAUUCCAUGAGCGAGAACAGCAGCUCAGCCAGCGGCAGGUGCCGGAGUCUCAAAACACCGAAGAAACGAUCAACCACGGGCUCCCAGAGACGGAGGCUUAUUCCAGCUUUAUCGCUUGACACCGCUUCUCCAGCAAGGAAGCCUGCCAACAGCCCUGGGGUCCGCUGGGUGGAUGGGCCCCUGCGAAGUGCACAGAGGGGGCUGGGGGAGCCCUUUGAGAUCAAAGUCUAUGAGAUAGAUGAUGUGGAGAGACUCCAGCGGCGACGAGGUGGAGACAGCAAGGAAGUGAUAUGUUUUAAUGCCAAGCUGAAAAUCCUGGAGCAUCGCCAGCAGAGAAUUGCUGAGGUCAAGGCCAAGUACGAGUGGUUAAUGAGAGAACUGGAGGUGACCAAACAGUACCUGAUGCUGGAUCCUAAUAAAUGGCUCAGUGAAUUUGAUCUGGAGCAGGUAUUUGAGCUGGAUUCUCUGGAAUACCUGGAAGCCCUGGAGUGUGUGACUGAACGUUUGGAAAACCGUGUCAACUUCUGCAAGGCUCAUCUCAUGAUGAUCACCUGUUUUGACAUCACCUCCAGACGCAGAUAAAGAGCGAACCUCAAGAGAAUUUCAAUGCACAUCUCUGCCAUCCUCCUUUUCCCUUCUAAAUAGCAUCCCAAAGACAACAGAAUGAGGAUGAAGGUUGGAGUCAAGUCUCAACUGUGUGUAUGAGAGAUUUGCUUUACUAUACAGAAGAGUAAUAUUAAAAAAUAACAGGACAAGCAUGAAAAAAUGGAGGUAGAAGGAUGUUGAUUCUCUUAGCCUAAAAGAGCACUUUGAGGAACCCUUAAGGACAUGUCUGUAAAUAAGAACUGCUGGCAGAAGAGACUUCUUUCCCUGCAUUAGCUGAGGGAGGAGGGAAGGUGGUUGUAGGACUUCCACUUGAGAGGUUCAUUAGAAGAAAUCCUAUCUAGAAAGACAGUUCAAGUGCCUUGCAAAUCUUUAUUAUCCAAACAUUUAUGUUCAUACUUUCUUGUGUACAGAUGGUGCUAGUCAAAAGAUGAAAAAGGAAAAAAACAAAACACACUUUUGAAAUGUACUUACAGCUUGUUUUUCUCUUGGUGUUUUCUCCUGUUUCAGACUUGCUGUUUCUAAGUAACUUGUGUUUGUAGAGAUAUUUCCUAAUCAGUACAACAUAUGAAUAAAUGUUAACUGUCUUUUAUUAUUAAUGGAGUAAGGCCACUCAAAGAGAAAUUUAGCUUCCCAGAUAACACAUAAAUAUUUCUAGCAGUAAGCAAGGUUUGCUUAUAUGUUCUUCUGUACAAUCUUAAGUGUUAGAGGGCACAGUAAUUUUCCCAACUUACAGGUUCUGCAGUAUGUGAGGGAGGGAGGAGAGGUGACAUUAUGGUGAAGUAAGUAUCUUUUGCAUUUGAUUUAACCUCCCCCUUUAUUUUUCAUGUACUUUUAGCUUUUUACUGGCUAGAGCUAUGGAUGAAGAGGUAUUUUUAUCCCAAUCCCUUUUUCUGGGGCUAAUAACUCAAUGGAAAAUUACUCUAAAGGAUGAGGGCUCUCAUGCUUAUCAGUCCAAAAAUGAAUGAUUUCUUUUGUCCUUCUUGAUUCCAUGACUGAUAAAAUUUAACUUUGCCUUCUUUAUGUCCCUGGCCCAGACAUACCUGAAAGGUGCAGAGACGUGCAGUCUCUGUUCAUCUCAGCUAGUCCAGAAAUAAGCAGGAGUCAUGAGUAAGCAGAUCUAGAAGGUAAUUCAGGCAUGUUGAUUAUGAUUUCUUAAUCAGCACUCCCUUAUUUCAACUAUGACAAAAAUCACAUAGACAUCAAUGGGUGACAUCAUCUAGUGGGUGGCAGUCCUGCUCAUUGCAGGGGUGUUGGAACUGCAUAAUCGUUAAGGUCCUUUCCAAUCCAAACCAUUCUAUGAUUCUGUGAUUAAAAGGAUUAAGGUCUGGGCCUCAUUGCACAACCGGAUAUUCUACUUGUUUGCAUCUUUAUCUAUAAAACAGUAUGUGGGGAAGAACAUCCUUUGUGUUACUUAAAAAAGUGUGUGAAAUUUGCAUGUUAAUUAUGUAUGAGCAUAAAGAUUUUUUUCUUGUGUAGGUUUCUUCUUCUUUUGUACUGAAAUAAUUCCUUUCACAAAAAAAUCCUCUCACAUACCCUUGUCUGCCCUUCCAGUUGGUUAUCAGAAAGUAAGAUCAGCAUUUGACAUAAACUCAGUAUGCAUCAUUUCAUCAAUUUACUGUUCCUACAUGUAGCUCUUUCUUUACCUGCUUCAUCAUAUAAAUGCCAUUUUACAGUAUGCCAAGCACCAUUUCCUGGUGGGAAAAAAAAAAAAAA